AUGAUCAAGUCCAAUAUCAAAUGCACGAAAAAUGGCAAUGCAGAGCAUGGAAUACAAGUGACGAACCGAAGACAAACCGAAGUGACGCAGCCAGAGCAGGAACCGGAGCUACUGGUGGAACUGCAGCAAAUGCAAACUCCAAAUCAUGAUGAUGCAUUCAAUAAUGUUUCCUGCGAUGUAUUAUCACAUGAAAGUGAUUGCGAUUAUUUACCGAUGAAUUCCACCAUGACUUUCUUGACGCCGUCUCCUUAUCGACGCGACUUAGCAAAUCCUACAGUGGACAUGGCAAUGGCUAGACCAACAAUUACCUCGGCAAAGUGCACACAUUCCAAGAUGCCAGAAUUGAGUUUGAAAUCUUCUGGUCUAAUGACUCCGCAUCCACCAGAAACGUUCAAUCUAAUCAAUCAAGAGACGGAAGCUGUCACAAGUUACAAAGAGAAACAUAAAUUACCGCCGAGAAAGACUGCGACUUUAGCAACGUCUCCACAAUCUUUAUCUCCAUUCAAAAAGCAGCAGCUUCUUGCCCGACCACUGAUGGAAGAUUUUGAGCGUUCUGGAGAAAAUGAAAGCUGUACAACUGGUCAAGAAGUUAUAGAGUCACCAAUUAUCAGUGACAAGCAGGUGGCGACUUGUUCUUCACUUCUUAAUGCUGAAGAUAUUCACUCAUUUUCACCAUUAUUGCCAAUUGACGAGUUUGAUAACAAUUUCAUGUCCGUCAAACUUUCGCCUCUUGUGGCUCUUUCUUCGUACGUCUUUCCAAGAUUACUUCCACCAUCAUUAGAGCGAGAGCAACACUUGCCAGCGUCAAUCACCGGCACCCGUGAUGGCAUUUCUAUAAAUCCUAGGACUCACAACAAAAUAGCAAACAGUGAUCAAUCUACUGGUGGUGGCACCGAUUCGAUAUCGUGUUCAGCUGAUGGUCUGGCUUCUUAUGAACUUUUCCGCAACUCGUUUCCAAAUAUUCAGGCGUUGACAAGCACGACGCCGGGAAAAGAAGAACGAUUAAAGCUAAACAACAACAGUGUCAUGAAAAUGAAGCUCCACACAUCCUUCGCGUCUUCUCCUACACUGCUUGACUUGCAUUCUACUCGUGAAUUCCAAGCCAUAAACAACAAUUUAAAACGGAAAAAGUGUAUUCGCCGGCGUAAAGCAGAUGACUCGAAACUUCACAACGUUCAGCGUAAAUUACUACCAACUCCAGUAAAGAUUGCAGCAAAGCAUCGUUCGACUCGAUCGCCGCUACAGCCUUGGAAUGGGCAAACACGUGACGCUCACCAGUUUAAGACACCCACACCUCGGAAGUCAACAACUUGUCAAAAGGUGACGCGGUCAUCACCCGUUGUGUGCAAAUUGAGUCCGGCGACCGAGCCAGAUACUCCCUUGACGAAUCCAGCUAACACCAUAAAUAAGCGGAGAGGAGCACAGUGCGUCUCCAUGCCUGUUUCGAAGAUCAGCCGAUCAGCAUAUAACACGCGGCGGUUGCCACUAAAAGUUGAGCUGGCAAUAGCACCAUCUAGCACACCAAACAAGCAAAGGAAACGGCGAGAAAUACCAAUAGCUACGACUAGGUACACUCCGUCACCACCGUGUACCACGAUUGAUAGUGACAUGUCUACCUUUAAAAACUCUCUGCAUCAAACGCCGACUCUUAUCGAAGUCUCGACUGCAUUACACCUGUCCGAAUCUAAAGCGUCACUUGGCUCUACUGUCAAGACGGUCCCGGCACAAGCGCAAAUUAAGGCCCCGUGCAAUUGCAAAAAGUCCAAGUGUCUAAAGCUUUACUGUGAAUGUUUUGCCAGUGGUGGCUAUUGUAACGCAAGCUGCAAAUGUCUGGAUUGUGCAAACAUCUCUAUCAAGGAGGACAUUCGGCAGCAAGCCAUCGCGUCGCGACUUGAGAAGAAUCCAAACGCAUUCAAACCUAAAAUCGGUGCCAAUCCGACUAUAAUUGCUGCAUCAGCAAAUGGCCGUCGCCUGUCUGUCAGUAAGUCCAUGGAAAGUCAUUCUUCACGUAACGAUUCAUUGUCACCACCGAGUACUUUACAUCUUCGACAACAUUUAUUAAGUGCGACUUUAUUGGCCACCAAGAUGCACAAACACGGAUGCCACUGCAAGAAAUCAGCUUGUCAGAAAAAAUAUUGCGAGUGUUUUCAGGCGGGAGUGCCUUGUGGAGAGAACUGCCGCUGUAUUGAAUGUAAGAAUCAGGCUUUGUGUACUCAUACGAAUGAUGGUAUGGCCGCAGUCUCAAAUGCUGAAACAGCUUCCAACGAGCUCGAAGAGACUUUUGUAUCACCAGUUCCUCAAGUCGUCCGCAAGCGGAUGCGUCUUGAUCGUGAAAAACGGGAAAAGGACUCUUCAUCACCGUUCAAGGCAUCUCUCGGACGUCAUAGGGGGCACACUGAGCUCCUACUGUCUAGACUAUCAUCAACCAGCAGUUUCAGUAACUCUGAUGAUAGCUCAGUGUGUGGCCGAGUGACAUUUAUCCCUAAAAACUCACCAAAUGCUCAAUGUGGUACUAAAGGCUUUCAGAAAAUGUCUCCAAUUCGAGGAACUGGUGAUACACAUCAGGUGGGUACCAGUGGAGCUGCGCACGACUUGCUACUGUUAAAAGAACGCGAUGCUUAUAAUGACAAAAUUGGCAACAUCUCCGGGAAGGCUGCAUUGUCAGCCGCAUUGCGAUCAUCGAGUAAAGCGGAACAAGUGUUCGUGCUACCAUUGUUUGGAUCUAAUCUCAUACCUGUAGAGAGCGACGUCAGCGCCAAGAUUUUCGGCUUCCUCACAAAUGCCGACUUGCACAAUGCAAGUUUAGUUUGUCACCUUUGGAACCAAGUUGCUCUGAGUGAUAUUGUUUGGGACCACGCUAAUUUUGUCCCUACGGAGGCAAACGUUGCUCAACACAUGCGACAAAAGAUGUUUAUGGAGACAUCUUCAGUCAAGCUGGAGUCGAGCGUUGUUGGCUCAAGAUCAAGAAGGCGAAUAGUAUCUUUUGAGCGUGAACGAAGUCUUGCUGUGCUCUCGACCCUCAGGUAA